UGAAACCAAGCUCGCUCAUUUCUUUUUAGAAGCAGUUGCCUUAAAUUUCUCAAAAACUAAACUUAAAGUGUUUAUACAGGUAAAAUGGAUAACAUACAAGAAUUAGCUCAUUAUUUAUCAGAGUUAACUUCUACAACGCUGUCUGUUCCUUGUCAACUGGCUCAUUUUGUGUUGGUAAUCUGUGGCGUUAAACAAUGUUGGGUUGAAAAACAUUAUCGUUCCCAACCAGCCACCACGUGGUGUUUAUCAAUGAUUUGCUGCUUUGGUGGGGGAUGUCUCGUCAAUUUGUUUGUUGGGAAACCAAUGCUGAUGCCAUUAGCAAAUACUGAGGCAUUAACUUUGGCAACAUUGGUUUGGUGGUUGGUUUUUUACACACCAAGAAAUGCUUUUCAAGUUACCACUCAGUGGUUUCCUGUAUCAGUGGUAACCAUGUUACUGAAGGAACUAAUUCGUACUAAAAAAAUAAUCAAAGGAGUCACCCUAGCUCAAGCAGUAUAUCCAUCUUCAAACAUCAUUUGUACCUUCCUUGGAAUGCUGGCUGCUUGCGGAGGUGGAUUCUUGAAGAACUUUGCCUUUUUAUUUUCUUCACAAUGGAACGGUAAUUCCAUUCAGAACUUGCAAUGUUCAGUGGUUACCAAGUUUUGUACUUUAUUUUCAUUUCUGUAUGUUCUUCAAAUGAAUGGCCACAUUUCUCAAUCAAUUGAAUUAAUAGCACUGGUUCAAGCAACAAGCCUUUUUGCAUUUUUGGUUGGAAACAAACUUCAAAUGGUAAAUGACCCGUUCAGUACUGCAGAAAAAGUGCUAUGUGGAAUUUUUGUUGAUUAUACUGUGUUUUCACGACCCAAUGAAGAAUCACUGAAGCAUAACAAAGAGAAGAAACAAACCGAAAAACCACAAAACAACAAAAACACAAAAAAUAAACAUGAAUAGUGUUUUGUAAACUUUUGCGUUUUCUGUAUGCAGUACACACUAUGACUAAGUUUUUAAUUACUGUGAUGCUGUGCUAAAAUUAUCUGCUGAAUGUGGAUGCAAUCAAAUGAAUGGCACUGUUUUUAAUUGUUGCAGAUAUUUUGUUUUGUUUUACAUUAGUUUUGCCAAAUAAGUGAUUUCUUGGAAUAAAGUGCAUUAAACGUGAUAGUAUAAAAUAAUAAACAGUAGGGUAAAAAUGGGAAAAAAUGAAACAUUUUAUAUUGUAGUUAACCUACCAAAUGUAACUUUACGUAUAACAAACCGGUAUAUUUUGCAGAUUUCAUCCCAGUUUAGGAUUUAUUGACCCAUUUCUAUGUUUUGUGCACAUAUCUUAGUUUAAAACUGAACUGUGUCAAGUAUUUCAUCCUCUUUUAUUAAUUGAUACUGAACUGAAAAUUUAAGUUUUCAAACUAGAAACUUCGGGAGUUUUAAUAAGAUUCAAAGAGCAUUCAAAAA